CGUACACCUCUCCACCUAGCCUGCGAGGAAGGCUUUACUGAGUGUGCUGAGAUAUUGUGCAAUGCUAAAGCACGGAUUAAUUUGCCAUACUAUGACAUUGUUACUCCACUUGAUCUGGCAUUGCGAGGAAGGCAUACAGAGGUUGUGUCCGUCAUAUUGAAGUACAUCCGUACUCUACUUAGCAAUCAAGAGGCUCACAGAAUGGAAUCUUUCCAAGAUGAGCUUGUGGACCUGUGCGUACGGGACAAGGCAGAAGAGAUCAAGGCAAAGCUUCUUGUGAACGGCCAGGUUACCGCACAUGCUGCCAAUGGAUACCAUCGAAAAUCCGGAGUGUCAUUUCUGGCUUAUCUGGGCUGGACAGCAUGUCAACAGGAUUCGCGACGCGUCCUACAAUUUCUCCUCAAAACCGUUUCCGGUGAUGUCUUCAGUCAGCCUUGUGACAAAGAGGGCCGGACUGCAAUUCAUGCUGCCACUCUUCAGAAACACUUGGAGUGUCUGAAGUUGUUGUGUGCUGCUAAUUUGAAUCUUAAUAGCAGCGAUUAUCUGGGCCGUACACCUCUCCACCUAGCCUGCGAGAAAGGCUUUCCUGAGUGUGCUGAGAUAUUGUGCAAUGCUAAAGCGGAGGUGAAUUUGACAGACGAUCUGGACUGUACACCUCUCCACCUAGCCUGCGAGAAAGGCUUUCCUGAGUGUGCUGAGAUAUUGUGCAAUGCUAAAGCGCGGGUUAAUUUGACAGACUCUGUGGGCCGUACACCUCUCCACCUAGCCUGCGAGGAAGGCUUUCCUGAGUGUGCUGAGAUAUUGGUCAAUGCUAAAGCGCAGGUUAAUUUGAUGGACGCUCUGGGCCGUACACCUCUCCACCUAGCCUGCGAGGAAGGCUUUACUGAGUGUGCUCAGAUAUUGUGCAAUGCUAAAGCACGGAUUAAUUUGCCAUACAAUGUCUAUGAUACUCCACUUGAUCUGGCAUUGCAAGGAUGGCAUACAGAGGUUGUGUCCAUCAUAUUGAAGUACAUCCGUACUGUACUUAGCAAUCAAGAGGUUGUAGCUUUUCUCUGUGGUCGCGCAAGAAAAAUCUCAUGGAUAAGCUAUUCUAGUCAUUGGAUUCCUGUCAUGGAGACCAUUCUCGAUUGCAUUAGCAAUGUGUCGGUCAAGUUGUUGGAUAUGGAAGGCUGGGUUGGAGCAUUUUCCGCAGCCAGUCAUGACUGUAUUCGACAACUCAUCAAGAUGGCGGCUCAACAGCACAAGCUUCGGGCGACAUUAGUACAAAUACUGGUCAAACGACGUAUGGAGAACUGCAAACGCAAGACACAUCUAGUGGUGCGUCUGCUUGGCCCCCCAGGCAGUGGAAAAACGUCACUGCUCAAGUCGUUGCACAAGCGUCACACGUUCUACGACAGGUUGGUCUACUUCGUUUGGCGUGAUCAGGGGGACCGAAUCGAGAGUGCGCGAACCCGCGGAAUCGAGCGCUUUUACCACGAAGGCAUCGUUUUUCUCGAUCUAGGUGGCCAAUACCGAUAUAUGAGUAAUCACCAACGCCUGACAAAGUUUUCCACCGUCCCAGCAGUGAAUAUCAUCACUGUUUCCAGCGUGGAGACGAAGGUAUGUGUACGUCAUUCGGCUCGCCAGUGGUGUAACUUCAUAGCAUGCAGCUGUGAAGAUGGUGAGGAGAAAGGCAAUGGGGAAGGAGGGAGCGACAAGACAGCCAACAAGGUGCUCAUGGUAGCUUCCCGGCGAGACAAAGCUGGAGAAUCGCAGCGUGAUGUAGUCAGCGCCGAAUGUGAGCUUCUGAAGGAUACAAUGGGCGAUCAUCUUCAGUUCAUGGACCAGCCUGUGAUCUUUGUCAAUGCUGUUGACGAGAAUUGCGAUGGUGUGGCAAAGGUGCGAGACAUCAUCGAGGAAAUGAAGAGAGAGGUGAAGGAACCAGAUACUCCCAUGUCCGCAGUCGAGUACUUCCUGGAAGAUAUCCGCCUUAAGUUCAAGGAUACACCUGCUGUCAGCCUGGAGGAAUUCACUACGGCCCUAGCCAAUCUCAUCUUAGGUGAAAGGUUCGAAGCUGAAGAUUGGAAACUGGUGAACAGAAUGGUAGCCAUUGCAGUCGACCUGGAGCAAGAUCUCCAUGAUCUACACCAGAAAGCCGAGGUUUUCUUUUUUGCCCAGGUGCAGCUUGUGGUGCUGGAACCAACCUGGCUGAUGAGUGACAUCACCAGCAAACUUUACACACCCACCUUUCAGCGAUCAUCGUUCAUCACUUGUAAUGAGUUUGGCUUUGCGAAGCGCAGCAAUGUCGAGCAGGUUCUGGGCAACUGUACCAACUCUCCGGUAAAGUUACCCGGGGAUAAGGUGCUUGAGAUUGCGCAGCAGCUGGGAAUGUGUCAUCUUACGGAUCACGGCAAUGAGGUGAUGAUACUGCCGGCCCAGGCAGAGAGCCGCACAGCUGCCCACUGGCCAGUUGCCGAUGAGAAGAUUCACCGCCACUACACCGGUCGCCGCCUGCAUUGCAGAUCCGGGAUUGCCAUGAGUGCAGCCUUGAUGCCAGCCAUCCAGCACUCCAUCCUGACCGAGCUCUGUGAGAGCGGAGAUAGAUGCCCAGUUUGGCAAGGUGGCAUACGUGUCGUCAUGAAUCGCUAUCCACAGGUCGACACGCUGGUAGAGAUCCCCGCCGGACAGCUGGCACUCAACGUCGUGACACGUGGCUACGACCAGCAAGACGUCGCGCGCUUUCAGGAGAUGGUGUGGCAUCACAUCUUGAAGCUGCCACAGCAAUUGUCACCCGGCUCUAGAGUCGACAUGGUGUUUGAAGAUGAUGAGCAGCUAAGUAGCAGUGGGCAUCUUCGGAAGCUAGACCAGCAAGGAGAGCUCAAUGCCGCGAUGGCAUUUCUUGCUAGCGACCACAUCCGUGCCACGCAUCUCUUUCCUCCUGCUGCGAAGGAUGUUGGCGCUGAUCAACGUCGCAAAGACCCACGCUUGACGCACGAGUAUGCUGGCUCAGCUGAUUGCCAGAAUGCCAGUACGAUUGAAGAACGUCGUCGAGCCUCUCGUCUUUGCUCUGCUCUCUAUCAGCACCGUAUCUUGCUUAACCAAGACUUCCCUCUGGUCGAGUGCUUGCGGAGGCUGAACCAGAGAGGACAGUUGGAGGAAGCCUUCAAGGAUGACGUCGAUGAGAAGGUCAGGGAACAUCGCACGAGUGAUGCAGCCGACAUGUUCCGCCAGGGCAUUUGCGACUUACCUGACAGUGUGGUGCUGAGCCUGGUGGACGAUGUGCUACCCGAACUACCGGCUGCAAACACUGUCUACAGGGCAGUGAAAGACUGCCCUGGGUACUCACAGUGCAAAAUACCUCCUCAUCAUACUCAUGCGGCCGAUGUUGGGGUGAGUUCUGGCAUGCAGUGUUCGGCAUCAUCUGAUGCGUUCCUGGACAAUCCGUUCAACCACCCGUCCUUCAUGCCAGACAUUCAUGUGUGGCUGCAGAGCAUCCCCGCGGAUGACAUCCGCGAAGCAGCGCAGACGCAAGGUUUGCUCACGGACCACAACAUCGACAAGCUGAUACGCACAGAUCGGUACCAGAGCAACAGGGAGCAUAACUGUGAGCUGCUUCACAUCAUCAUGAACAAGGAGAGACAAGGUUACAUCGCGCUGUGCAGGAUGAUCCAAGCCAUCGGUCAGUAUGCGGUACGGCUGGAGCAGAUGAACAGCCUACUAGCAGAGUGCGAUCGUGUCUGAAGGGACGCACCUUUUCGUCAAUUCCGGCUCUAGUCGCAAGACCGUGUUUGCGCCUCAAAGUGGUUACACCACUUGCGCAAGUGAUACACAAUGUCAAUACAUUUCUAUGUUUUUUUGUUUUUUUUUGCCUCGCCACACAUCCUGAAUGUUUUGUACAGCAAAUUGUCCUUCUCCCGAAACCAGUGUCAUGAUUUUCCUGUCACAUGUGACUGCCAUUUCGUUACAAAUGACUGGCAGUUUCCUGCUCAAGUGCUGCUCUUUUAUCAUUUGCACGGUCGCAACAUGAGCGCAAUGAUGAAUGUUCUCCGUGGUACCUGGUACUAAAGCUGCCGCACUCGUUUCUCUUAACACACAUCGCAUCCCUGGUGUGUGUAAAAUGUGUGUGAGUGUGUGUGUGUGAGUGUGUGUGUGUCUGUGAGUGUGUGUGUGUGUGUGUGUCUGUGUGUGUGUGUGUGUGUGUGUGUGUGUGUUUGUGUGUGUGUGUGUGUGAGUGUGAAUGCAUCUGUGUGAAUGUGUGUUUGUGUUGGAGUUUUUGUGCAUAUAUGCAAUGGUGUGCCUAUCCAUACGGUGAAGUCAAGCAAUGUAGAUCUGCUUUAAGCUCUUCCUGUCUGAUGUGUGUGUUCCAGUGUUGUAAGCUUUUCGAAUGCUCAUGGCUAUCCUUGUGUAUGCUCGUGCAUACUUUUUAUAUGAUUGUGUAUGCUUGCUAGUUCUCUGCUGCUUCUUGCGCUACAUGACCUUGCCCCGUCUUUGCUUCGCCUAGUCAUGUCGUUGACGAGUUUUUUAGAAGCAUUGCAAUCUUUGCCGACUCAAAGUCCUUCAUGUUUAUCACGGUUUUUUUGCCGCCUGCUGCCUUUUGUAAAUUUGCUCAUUUCACCAGCAAAGUCCUGCUUACUGUUAGUUGCUUCUUCCUCCUCCCCUCCUCCCCCCCAACUCCUCCCCUCCUCCCCUCCUCCCCUCCUCCCCUCCUCCCCUCCUCCCCUCCUCCCCCCCUCCUCCCCCCUCCCCUCCUCCUCUCCUCCCCUCCUCCCCCCCCGCUAGAUUUGCUGCCAUGCUUACAGAGCUGACAGUGCAUUUGCUAUGCAAGGAGGCCCUCUUUGUGAGUUUUGCACGUUGUUGACGCUAGUCUGGGUCAGUUUACUCAGCUCUUCGUUCUUUCCGUAUUUCAUCACUUCUAUUUUGAAGAGUGGUUUCCAAGAUCCUGGUACUUACCAGGUCUCUGAUGCAACUUACUCGGUUGAUGUUGGAGGCCAUGCAUGCAGA